AUGGGCGCAGAAACAGCAGUGACGGCGCCGUGGGACUCUGUCCCGGCGCACGAGCAACUCUUCGUCCUCAUCACGGGCGCGAACAGCGGCGUCGGUCUCGGUACCGCUCAGCGCCUGAUCGACGAGUUCUUGGCCACGCGGUCCCUCGACUCGCACCUCGUGCUCCUGCCGACGACGCGGUCGGCGUCCAAGUCGCUCCAUACGAUUCGCGAGAUUCGAUCUUACGCUCAGCGAGCCGCCCAGACGAACGCCCGCGGCGGUGAGUCGUGGCAGCGCACCGUUGGACGGAUCCACGUCCUCAGCUUGACGGUGGACCUCUGUGACCUGCGAUCGGUGAGGCGGCUUGCCGACAAGCUGACGAACGGCACCGUCGGCAACCCGCCAGGCCUCGAGGGCGAGUAUCUCAAUCGUGUACGGGUGCCGCGGCUGGACAGCGUCGUCUGCAACGCUGCUUUUGGUGGCUGGACCGGCGUCGACUACCCUGCUGCCGUGUGGUCCAUGCUCACCAAGGGCUUGCUGCAGUCGGUGACGUGGCCGACGUUCAAGAAUGCGCUGCCGACGUGCAUCCUCAACGAACGCGAGAGCCUCGGAUACAUCCGUCCGCCCCUGACACAGCCGGCCGCCCCUCUCCUCGGCGAAGUCUUCACCGCCUGCGUCUUCGGACACUACAUGCUCGCCCACCAGCUGCUACCGUUGCUCAGCCGGUCUCAGUCCUCGCCCGUCGCGCCCGGUCGCAUCAUAUGGUCGUCGAGUCUCGAGGCCGUCGCCGACGUCUUCACCCCCGAUGACCUGCAAGGCUUCAACCGCCCCGCCGCGUACGAGUCGGCCAAGCGGCUCACCGACAUCCUCGCCCUGACCUACUCGCUGCCUUCUGUGCGGCCCCUCUCCUCCCGCUGGGCCGCCGUCGCCGAUGGGGACGAGAAGGAGAAGAGGAAGGGCAAGGCAAAAGAGAAGGAGAGGCUCGUGGUGGCGCCCAAAAUGUACGUCACGCACCCGGGCAUCGUCGCGAGUACCCUCUUCCCCGUUCCCUGGUUCCUCUUCUGGGCCUACGAGCUCACCCUGGUCCUCUCUCGCUGGCUCGGCUCCCCCUGGCACACGGUAGAUGGGUACACGGGGGCCAAGGCUGCCGUCUGGGUCGCACUCGAGGACCAAGAUGCACUCGAUAGCAGCCACGCGGACCGCAUAAAAUGGGGCAGCACCUCGGACCGCCGCCUGCGAGUUGAUGUGAAGCCGACCGAGGUCGAGGGCUGGGGUUGGCAGGGCAAGGUCGAGGAUCCCGAAGCCGACACUGCGUUGGGUGUGCUGCACAAGACCAAGGGACGCAAGAAUGGCGCCGCCCAAGUGAUGGAGGAAGACAUCGUACGGUUCGAGGAGUUGGGCACGCGGUGUUGGAAGGCCAUGGAGGAGCUGAGAGGCACGUGGGAGGAUAUUGUGAAAAAGGAUGGGUAA